GAGUCUAAACAGAAUAAUGAUGGAGAAGAUGAAGGAAGGAAGGAAGGGACUAGGCGAUGACAUCGAAGAUGUGGAAGAGUCCUUAUUGGAGAAGCUGAGCCAGCUACUAGACUUGCUGGAAAAACUCUAUGACUUCUUGGAUGAUGCCAAGUCUGUGAUGUUGCGCCACUGGGUCUUGACCAUGGCCCUUCCCAUGGCCUUGAUCAUCCUCUACUGCUGCUAUUGUCGUUGCAACAAGAAGAAGAACAAGAAGAAGAAGAAGAAGGAGAAAGCUGUGGAGAGGGAUUACAACUCUGAGAGUGAUGAUCAUAGAACUGAGUGUUGCUUGGACUUGCAUUCAUGGGAUUUCAAGGUUUCAUGGUGGUAGAGUUUAGCACAUUAAUCUAUGUGUUUCUUGUCAUCCUUCCUUCUUUGC